GGACGACUCUAGCUCUGUGUCAGCAACGCUGGCCUAAAAAGGGUAAAAUGCAAAGUCCAUAACUCAUGAGUCAUGACUGCAAUCCAAAACGUAACAGAAAAGCAACCAAGCCAGUCCCAUCCCCAGACCCAAAAGCCAAAGCCUCUGACUCACAAGAUAGAGGCCCGACCCUGCGGUCCAUCCAGAACAGGGUUAAUAUAGUAAUUUCGUGUAAAAUAACAGACAAGGAGAGGAGGAAGAGUGAAGUGUAGUGAAAAAAAAAAAAAAAAAAAAGAGAGAGAGAGAGGGCCAAGAUUCCUGCUCCUCCAUCCGUCCCUCUCUGCCUCUCUGCAAUUUCAUCGCCUACUGUGCCCUCUAAUCCUUCUUCUCACGUAUACAAUUUUAUUUUUUCUUUUUGUUUUCAAUUUUUUUUUCACAGUUUGCCAUCAUCAACAUCAUCACCAUCAUGGCAUGAAGCAGCGGCCUCUCUGAAAAACGAAUCAUGAAAACUCUGAGUUCAGAUUCGGCACCGCUUCAGAUCUGCAAUCGGGAAAAAGGCUCUGCCAUUUUACUAUGAUUUCGUAUUCAGUGCAUUGAAGGGCCUCUCUGAUCUCUCUGAUCCCCUUCGUGUUUCUCGAGGAGGCUCGUUAGGGUUUCUCUGGGAGGUCUAAGCAAUAUGUUCGAUUUAUUGAGCUGGAAAGAUCGUUUGGGGAGAAUGAACGUUGUUGAUUUAAGAUGAAGAUUGUGUUUUGGUGUGAUGGGUUGUCAUUUGUGGAGGAAGGAAGCUCGAAUUACUUGGGUUGUUUUAUCCGUUGAGGAUUGAAACCGACAUUGAUUUUGGGUCGUAGAAGUGGAAUUGGUGUGGGCAAUUCUACCAUGUUUUCAUUGGGAAUUUAUUUGUGAGUUCCAGUCAACCAUUAUUGCCAUCAUUUCGGGUCUUUCAUCUGUGGUGCAUUAUCCUGAGCUCCCCGUGUUGGAGCAUAGGCUCUGUUAGCUGUCUCCGUUCCAAUCCUUCUUUCUCAUCUUCCAUCUUUGAGGACCCACAAAGUCGUUUCUUGGAUGUGAAUUGGAAUGCACUGCACAGGAGAGGAAACACCUGGAAUUGUGGACUGCAAUGGAGCUGCAUAACAACUCCACGAGCUUUGAAAUUUCGGGCGCAUCUUCUCGAGUCCAGGAAAAGUGGAACAAACCCCAAAGGAGCCGCCAUAAAAGUGUGCAGUUUGAAGAGGAUCUGAUACAUGAGGAGGAUCCGAGGUUGAUUUAUAUAAAUGAUUGGAGGAGGACGAAUGAUAAGUAUGAGUUCACAGGGAAUGGGAUCCGGACUAGCAAGUACACAUUGAUCACUUUCUUGCCCAAGAACAUCUUCAUACAGUUCCAUCGUGUUGCUUAUUUGUAUUUUCUGGGUAUUGCUGCUCUUAACCAGCUUCCGCCUCUGGCUGUCUUUGGGAGAACAGUAUCUCUUUUUCCUCUCCUCUUUGUGCUUUGUGUUACAGCUGUUAAAGAUGGCUAUGAAGAUUGGCGGAGGCACAGGUCAGAUGAAGUGGAGAACAACCGUGAGGCUCUGGUGCUUUAUGCUGGUCAAUUUCAGAAGAAAAAAUGGAAAAAGAUACAAGCUGGUGAGGUGGUGAAGAUCUAUGCAGAUGAGACAAUUCCUUGUGACAUGGUUUUGCUAGGGACGAGUGAUCCCAGCGGAAUUGCCUACAUUCAGACAAUGAAUUUGGAUGGUGAGUCAAACCUGAAGACAAGGUAUGCUAGGCAGGAAACUGCUUCGAUGGUGCUUGAUGUGGGAGCCAUAUCAGGGCUCAUCAAAUGUGAACAACCUAAUAGGAAUAUUUAUGAGUUCAAGGCGAAUAUGGAGUUCAAUGGGCAAAGAUUUCCCCUCAACCAAUCAAACAUCAUUCUGCGUGGUUGUCAGUUGAAGAACACAGAAUGGGUAAUUGGCGUAGUGGUGUAUGCGGGACAGGAAACAAAAGCAAUGUUGAACAGUGCAGCCUCUCCUUCCAAAAGAAGCAAACUGGAAAUUUACAUGAACAGAGAGACCCUGUGGUUGUCUUUUUUUCUUUUUAUCAUGUGUCUUGCCGUGGCCGUUGGAAUGGGUUUAUGGCUUGAACGACACAAAAACCAGCUUGACACUCUGCCUUAUUACAGGAAAAGAUACUUCACCACUGGGAGGUUUAAUGGGAAAUCAUAUAAAUAUUAUGGGAUUUAUAUGGAAACCUUUUUCUCUUUUUUGAGUUCUAUUAUAGUGUUUCAGAUAAUGAUACCAAUAUCUCUGUAUAUUACAAUGGAGUUGGUUCGGUUGGGGCAGUCGUACUUUAUGAUUGAAGACAAGCAUAUGUAUGACAGUAGCUCCGACACGAGGUUUCAGUGCAGAUCUUUGAAUAUUAAUGAGGAUUUGGGUCAAGUACGAUAUGUAUUUUCAGACAAGACAGGGACACUUACUGAAAACAAAAUGGAAUUCCGAAGAGCUAGUGUAUAUGGGAAGAAUUAUGGAAGCUUCUUGAUUAGGGCUGAUCCAUUGGAGGAAAAUGGUUCAGUACAUGCAACAACUGUAGAGGGAAGGGGACAGAAGCUUAAAUCUCAAAUUGCCAUUGAUAAUGAACUCAUGGAAUUGUUGCAUAAAGACCUAGCUGGAGAUGAAAGGAUUGCAGCACAUGAGUUUUUCCUCACACUGGCUGCAUGUAAUACUGUGAUCCCUAUUCCUACUUCAUCUGCUAGUUGCACAGAGAGUGGAUUACAUGAAUAUGUAGGAGCUAUCAAUUAUCAGGGUGAAUCUCCUGAUGAGCAAGCGCUAGUUGCUGCAGCUUCUGCUUAUGGAUAUACUCUUUUUGAGCGCACAUCUGGCCAUAUUGUGAUUGAUGUCAAUGGCGAGAAACUAAGGCUGGAUCUGUUGGGUCUGCAUGAGUUUGAUAGCGUGCGCAAAAGAAUGUCUGUUGUCAUCAGAUUCCCCAAUGAUACUGUGAAAGUCUUGGUGAAAGGUGCUGAUUCUUCAAUGUUUAGCAUUUUAGCAGAAGACAGUGGGAGGAAUGGUCAUGUAAGGCCUGCAACUCAGAGCCAUUUGACCGAAUAUUCAUCACAAGGCUUACGCACACUUGUAGUUGCUGCUAGGGAUCUCACUGAUGAGGAACUUUCAGAGUGGCAGUGCAAGUAUGAAGAUGCAAGCACUUCAUUGACUGAUAGAUCUGUAAAACUUCGUCAAACAGCAGCUUUCAUUGAAUGCAAGUUAAAUCUUCUUGGGGCUACUGGGAUUGAAGACAAGCUACAGGAUGGUGUACCAGAAGCCAUUGAGUCUCUUCGGCAGGCUGGAAUCAAGGUCUGGGUUCUAACUGGAGAUAAGCAGGAGACAGCGAUUUCAAUUGGUCUCUCUAGCAAACUCCUGACUACAGAUAUGAAUCAGAUUAUUAUAAAUGGGAAUUCAGAGGAUGAGUGUAGAAGUCUUUUGGCUGAUGCUAAGGCCAAAUAUUUUGUGAAAUCAUUAGAUUGCGGAAGUAAGUAUUUGAAAUAUAAAAAGGAUGCUGAAGUCACUCUGGACAACACAAAGUCUUCUACCAUGCCACAACAGCAUUCAGGGAAGGAAGAAGAGAUGCUGAGCACAUCACAUGCACUCAUAAUUGAUGGGAAUAGCCUGGUGUACAUUUUAGAGAAAGAUCUGGAGUCAGAGCUUUUCGACCUUGCAACUUCCUGUAAGGUUGUCCUUUGCUGUCGUGUUGCACCCUUGCAAAAAGCUGGAAUUGUUGAUCUAAUUAAGAGUCGUACUGAUGAUAUGACACUUGCUAUAGGAGAUGGUGCCAACGAUGUUUCAAUGAUUCAAAUGGCAGAUGUUGGUGUGGGAAUAUGUGGUCAGGAGGGGCGUCAAGCAGUAAUGGCAUCGGAUUUUGCAAUGGGACAGUUUCGGUUUCUGAAAAGAUUGCUUCUGGUGCAUGGACACUGGAAUUAUCAGCGUGUUGGUUAUUUGGUUCUUUACAACUUCUACCGCAAUGCUGUUUUUGUUUUGAUGCUAUUCUGGUAUAUACUGUCCACAGCUUUUUCAACAACUUCGGCAUUAACAGAUUUGAGCAGUGUAUUCUAUUCACUUAUCUAUACCUCCAUCCCUACCAUUGUUGUUGGCAUUCUGGAUAAGGACCUUAAUGAUGAGACACUACUCCAGUAUCCAAGACUUUAUGGCGCGGGACAUAGACAGGAAAGUUACAAUAUGCGCCUCUUCUGGAUCACAAUGAUUGACACGCUAUGGCAGAGUCUUGUUAUCUUUUAUAUACCUGUUUUCAUCUAUAGCGAUAGUUCAAUUGAUAUAUGGAGUAUGGGUAGUUUGUGGACAAUCACUGUUGUUAUUCUUGUGAAUGUACACUUGGCAAUGGACGUUCAACGAUGGAUAUUCAUUACUCAUGUUGCAGUAUGGGGAUCAAUUAUCAUUACAUAUGCUUGUCUGAUUGCAGUGGAUUCUAUACCUAUCUUCCCCAAUUACGGGACAAUUUAUCAUCUGGCAAAGUCACCUUCCUAUUGGCUGUCUAUUUUUCUUAUACUAACCAUAGCAUUGCUUCCUCGCUUUCUUUUUAAAGUUAUACGUCAGAAUUUUUGGCCUUCGGAUAUCCAGAUAGCUAGAGAAGCUGAGAUACUGGGAGACCAGCCUGAUAAUUUGCCUUCAAAAUCAAAUGCUUUAUACAAGUUGACUGCCAGCAUGUGGGACAAAUGAUCUACAGUUGACAAGGAAGUAAAUUCAGGGUAACCAGUUACAGAAUGAAAGGAAAGAAUGGACAAUGGUCAUGCCGAGGAGGGAGGGCUGGUGCACAAAGAAUGUGAUUUGGAUGAUUCUGGUCAGGGAAGAAAAAAGAGGCUGGAGAAAGGAGGAUAAAAUCAUGACUCAGGUAUCUCAAGCAAUAUGGUUGAGAAUUAUGAGGGUUGGUCUUGGCACAGAUUGUAGGGGUCCAUAACCAGGGCAUACACAUAAAGUGUGAAAAGACAGAAGUGUAUAAUAGUUUUCUGUAAAGAUCAGGUGUGUCAUUUCUCACACUUUUAAAAUGGAAUGAGAAAAAGAGAAAGAAAGUUGAUAAACAUCCCAAGUCAUUUGUUUCUUGAUCACCAUCCAGUUGUGUUUCCACCUUCAGGAGCGAUGCUCUUGAACAGAGGAGUGCUAUCAUGGAUGCCUUAUUAAGGGCAGGGGAGGGCAAAUCGCAUCCCUCUAUCUAGAAGGACAACAAACCCCUCAGCCUCAGCCAUUGGCACCGAGUGUAUAUGGUUUGAGGCAGAAGCCCUUGAAGGGGAGAGUGAAUGCGAAAUGCCUUGUUUUUCUUGUUUUCCAUCUCCAACGUCUCUAUGCACCUCCUUGAUGAGAAAGACGUAGGACAUGGUCAACUCCUUUUAUAGGCCUCUUAUCCUCCUCUGCCUCUGCACCAUCUUAAUGUGCUUUCCGGUGGGGAACCUGUAGAUUGUUUAAAUAACCGCUGAUGGCAGACUAUGAAGGAGAAAGUUCCUUUUAUUGUGCAAGUCGGAGAUCUUGGUGUAACCUUGAGAUCAAAUUUUUCAUUAUGUAUAGACAGAGGGAGAGAAUCCAAUAAGUUGUGGCUCUUCUGAAUCAGCAACUUAGUGAAAUAUGCUCAAUUUAUUACUGCCAACAGUGUAAUCUUUAUUUGGAUUACACAUUUGCUUUGUUCCAGGGAAGUUUUUUUUUAUGAUUGUACGACAUUUUGACUCUGGAGGGAGGAUAUGGAAUCCUUAGUUGCCAACCAA